CAUUUCUUUUACAUUGGAGGACAAUUUGGGAUCUACCUUAGAAGAAGAAAACACCAACACCAAUCCUUUGAUUGAACGUUCUGAGGAUGCUACUACGAGAGCCCUUGAGCAGAGUGAGCAAAGGGUGAGGUAUCUUGAGGAGGAGCUAGUUAAGUCCAUGAAAGAGAUUUCACUGUUAAAAUCAGAGUGCGGCAAUUGGUCAGCUCGAACAAGUUUUGUCAGCAGAAGACUUGGCAACUUGAUGAGAGAGUCUGAUGAAAACCAGAGUGAAUUUGCAAAGGCAAGGAGAGAAUUGAUGGAAGGGCAGGAACAAGUAAGAAGGCUCAAACUAGAAGUAGAGGAGAUCACAAGAAAGUCCAUGAAAAAAGUUGAAGAAAUUAGAGUUGCAGAGAGAAGAAAACAAGAAAAAUAUAUCCAAAUGCUGGAGAUUGCAGAGGAAGCAAGAAUUGCUGAAGGGAUAAAACAAGAAGAAAAUAUUCUGAUACUAAAGACUGAAUGUGGUAAACUAAGGAGAGAACUGCAACAAGAGAGAAUGCAAAGGCUUCAACUAGAGCAAGAUGAUGGAGUACAGACAGCCAAGAGAGAUGCUGAAAAGCUAACUCAAGAGUUAGCCAAUGCUCGCAAAAGCAUUGAGCAUGCUGAGAAUGGAUGGAUGAAGGCAAUGAAAGAGUUAGCUGAAGAGAGAGAGCUUGUAAAAUUGCUAAAGAUGGAAUGUGAGGAGAUAAGACAAAGUUCCAUGAGACAAGUGGAAAUGAAGGAACUAGAGUUAGUCAAUGCCCUUACUGCUGCUGCUGCUGCUGAGGAAAAUCUCUCUGUUCUCGAGAAGGAAAUCAACUCAUUUGAUGAUUAUAAGGCUUGUGCAAUUUGUCUGACAAAUGAAAAGGACGUGGCCUUUGGAUGUGGACACAUGACUUGUGGGGACUGUAUGUUGACAAUCUCCAACUGCCAUAUAUGUCGAAAGCCAAUAACCAGCCGUCUUAGGUUAUUUCCUGGCUGACCAAUCAUAUUUUUGGAUUGAAGAGAAUGUAGAAUUUGAUCCAGGCAUUUUUAUUGAUUUAUAGUUAAAUCAAAUCUUCUUUUUCCUUCCCCCCUCCCCAAAAAACAAUUUUCUUGAUCCAUCUAAAGUAUGGCCUGUAGAAAUAUUCCAAGACUGCCUUCAUAUCACUAAUCUAACAUCACUGUGUUCAGCAGACUACCUUUAGCUAGUAAUAUGAGAGAAUUACAUUCAGCUGUUAAUGAAUCUUGUAGUAAUUUAUUUUCUUAUAUAAAACAUAUAUGUAGU